CAAAGCAAAAUGGCCGUCGCUGUGUAAACCUGUGUACGAGAUUGUGUUUUUCACUUGGUUUUAUUAAUUCUUUAUGUACUUUAAUACAUUUUGGUUUCGUGUUUCUUUUUUGUUCAACAAAUAAUAGUGUAAGAAACCACAAAAGCCAGGCAACCGGCAAUUAAUAGUAGUCGCUGGAAGGGAAGUGAUCCGUAGUUAGUUACAUGGAUACAUAAUAUAAAUCUACGUAUGUGCAUAAAACAAAUUACGCGGCGCACUAACAGCGUCAAAACCAAAAACAACAAUGGCAAGCAGCAAUGAGCACAACAACAACUGCGACCACUAUAAUGGCAAACGGCAGUGAUUAAAACCAGUCAGGCCAGGCCAGUUGUCAGCUGUCAGCUGUCUCGACGUGCCACAGUCGCAGUCGUAGCCCCAUCGGCACCACCCAAGCCCCUAGAUCAAGCAAUCCAGACGAGCUUGCGCCGCCUGCCUACCCAUUGCUGAAUCAUCAGCAAAAACCGACUGGCAAUCGUUUCAAAGUGUGCUCGAAUAGAGAAACCUCGUAAAUAUCUACAUACGAGUACUUGCAUAUAUAAAGAGACAGGGAGACAAACAUCAAUUGAACUUAAUACAAGAAUACGUCAAGAGACCUUCAACGUUCAACGGCAGUACAACAUCAACAACAAGAACAACAACUAUAACAAUGCUAAUUACAACUGCAUACAGUAGGAGUCGCGUUGAAAGCGCAGCAUAUCUAAUUUUGCUGUGGUUCUGCUUCGCAUCGCUCAACAGUGCAUGGAUGCCCGAUGUGCGACCCGAUUUGCAAGCACAGCAAGAUAAGAUCACGGCGAGUUUCUAUGGCAACAAAACGGACUAUUUUAAGAUUUUGGAUCACAAUGAUGCCAGCGUUCUAGUUGGUGCCAAGGACGUCAUCUACAAUAUCAGUCUACAUGAACUUCGCGAGAUUUCCAGACUGGAAUGGCACUCUACAGAUGCAGAUCGGGAGCUGUGCGCGCUGAAGGGCAAGCACGAAUGGGAUUGCCACAAUUAUUUGCGCGUCUAUGCCCGCCUGGAUGAUGGUCAAGUGCUGCUCUGCGGCACCAAUUCGUAUAAACCGCGCUGUCGUCAUUACGCUCCCGCCGACGAGGGUGGCACCGAGGCAGGAGCACAAAGGCGUGGCCAUAUGCAUUAUGAGAUUACGCGCGAUGUUGAGGCCCAGGGCCUGUGCCCGUACAGCCCGGCUCACAACAGCACCUACGCCUUCGCCGAUGGUCAGCUGUAUAGUGCCACUGUGGCGGAUUUCUCGGGCGGGGAUCCGCUUAUUUACCGCGAGAAUUUGCGCACCGAGCAAUACGAUCUCAAGCAACUGAAUCAACCUGAUUUUGUUGGCGCCAUUGAGCGAAAUGGUUUUGUGCUCUUCUUUUUCCGGGAGCUUUCCAUGGAGUUCAUGAAUUUUGGCAAAGCAGUUUACUCGCGUGUGGCACGCGUCUGUAAAAACGAUCGUGGUGGUCCCUAUACGCAUGCCAAGAGCUGGACAUCAUUUUUGAAAGCCCGACUCAAUUGCUCGGUACCGGGAGAGUUUCCCUUCUACUUCGAUGAAAUACAGGCCAUCAGUCCAAUUGUGGAGAGUGGCUCGAAGUCUUUAGUCUAUGCGGUAUUUACCACAUCUGUGAAUGCCAUACCGGGUUCUGCGGUAUGCGCGUUCAAUGUGGACGAUAUACUUGCCGCUUUUGAUGGCGAUUUCAAAUCGCAAAAGGAUUCGCAAUCCCAUUGGCUGCCCGUGCAACAGGAGAACGUGCCCAAGCCGCGACCUGGACAGUGUGUGGAGGACUCACGCAUGUUGACCAGCAUAGCUGUUAACUUUAUCAAGAAUCAUCCGUUAAUGGAGAGCGCGGUGCCCGCAGAGCACGGUCGUCCAUUGCUGACGAAAGUUAAUUUGCAUCAUCGCCUUACAGCUAUUGCAGUGGAUCCACAAAUACGGGCACUCAACGGUGCCUUCUACGAUGUCAUAUAUACAGGAACGGAUGAUGGCAAAGUGACAAAGUUUAUCAACAUAAUGACCACACAUCAGAAUGCCAGCGUGGAACGUCUCAAGACUGUGGUUAUAUCUGAGAUGCAGGUGCUGCCUGUGGGAAUGGCAGUGCGGGAGAUGGUCAUCUCCUCGAAGACAAACACCUUGGUGGUGGUUAGCGAUAGCACGUUGGUCACCGUCCCCCUGCAUCAUUGCAAACUAAUUGUGGACUGUCAGGGCUGUUUAAGUCUGCAGGAUCCAAACUGCGCCUGGGAUCAACAGACUCAUGAGUGCAAGAACCUGGCAGGCGGUGAGCACAAGUUCGGAACUAAGAGCUACUUGCAAAGCAUGAACAUGACCAGGAAGGCAGCUGCUUCAUUGUGUCCUAGGCUCUCUGCCUCGCCUCUGCCCGGCGCUGAAACAGUGAGACUUGUGACAAUGGCCCCACCCGCCUCAGGCAUCGGCCUGGACGAACAGAAGCUGCAUUACGCCAAUGUGGGUGCCUUGCCAGGAGUGAUGCCAACCCUAAGUGAACAGGAGCAGCUGGCGAGCGCCGACGAUUAUGGCUUGAAUGCUUACAUUGACGAGAACAAAAUUACAUUGGCUUCUGUCGAUCCAGAGCAGGUUAUGACAAAUUUGCAUGAUCCGCAAAGAUCAACAGCGCGCGUGGAUGAAGUACAGGCUGCCUCCAGUUGGAGUACUUUAUAUUCCGUGUUCAUCGUGUGCGCCCUAAUGAGUGCAUUUAUUAUAGGUAGCAUUGUUGGCAUUAAAUGUCGGUAUUGCAACCAUGAGUCGCACGAUGCCAGCCAUCGAAAUCACUUUUCCACACCCACACAAUUCGGACACAAGCAUCAGAACAGCGGUAAAGAUAUAAAUUUGCUCAUCAGCUCCAAUGCCUAUGCAAGCGCACAGAAAACACCCAAUCUAGAUCUUGAAAAAGAUCGCAGUCACGAGUGCAAGAACUCCACAGAGCAUUUGGAAAAGGAGCUACCCUGCAAAACGUCCACGCUGACAAAAGUGAAGCGCACUUACAUUUGAGGAGCCGUAGCUAAUGCUGCUAAUCGGCACUCAACAAAAUUAGUCGAAUUUUUUUGCAUGCAUAUUAUUUGCGUUGUUUAUUUUUGCUUUUAGUGUGUAGUGUUAGCUAUGUAGAGUAUAGAGUCCCCAUCCCUGUUUAUGCCCUUCCCCAUGGACAAGACAGCAGUUGUGCGCGUUUGAAACGCAAACUGUUGUCUCUGAUUUUUGAUACGCUCUAGUUAUAGUCUAAUUUAAUCGUAUAUAAAUGUUUAGUUCGGCAACAUUUAGUUGAAUUUCUGUAACUGUGGCUUCGAGCUGUGUCAGCAUUAAAACAUCAAGAAAAACUAAAUAUAGUUGACUUGCAUUCCCACCAUCAACCAAUACUAACCACAAACAUUUUUUAAAUGUUACUUUCAUGUCUCUAACAUGAAAUGCUGCACAGCUCAGGCAACGGCCCGCUUAUGUGUGUAUGUUUUAUAUAAGUAUAUAAAUAUCUACAAUUUAUAAUUAUACAUAUGUAUAUCUAAGUACAAAAUAAGUUUAAUCUAGAGCUACAAAUUUGCAUGCAUAUCCACAUGACUAACAAAAAGAAAUGACAGCGCUACGAGAAAACAAAAAACAAUAUUCGAAUACCCAUGAACAAAUAUUUGGACGCGUUCAUUUCAUUGCUAUUACAAUAAAUAGUUUGCUGUUAUUAUUGUUUUUCGAAAAUCAACGCUAUAUAGAACUAAAUGCAAUAUCCCCACGAAUAUCUCGAAAUUCAAACGAAUUCUACAAGUAUUUAUUUAGACUGAACGUGUUUAAUAUUCUGCUUAAGUUUUGUGUGUGUGUGUGCAACAAUUUUUAUCUAGCGUAUACAUAGAUAGCAUACAUAGGUAAAGCUCAAUAGCUAUGUAAAAGGAAUUGAAUAUAUGUGUAAUUGUAUGUAUUGCAUGUGUUUUUAAAUACGAUUUUUUAAGGGCUUGGCUUAAAGCCUUAUCAGUAAGAAGAUGAAGAGCGAACAAAACAAAUUAACACACACACACACCCAUACAUGAGGCUGUUUGAUAAGAACUGAAGCCGAAAACACGCACAAUCACAAUUACAGGCCUUAAAUGAGGAAAAUAAUUAUUAAUGUAUCACACUUUCGCGUUAAAGUGCAGUAGACCUUAAGGUAAAGUUUAAAGUUAAGUAUAAAAUUAAUUGCAAAUAUAUUUGUCCCCGGCCUUUUCAUAUGUAUGUUUACACAUUAAGCUCUUGUCCGUCCCAAUGGAAAGAUAUGAAAAAACGCACAAAACUGAAAAAAAAAAAACAUAAGAAAACAAUAUAUAUUUUAUUGAAAAUUCUACAUAGCCCAUUAGAACGCAGGCAAUUUUUAAUGGUUAAUGCAGUUUUAUUUUAGAUAUCACACAAUUGCCUAAAAUUAAAAAUCUAUAUUUUUAUAAAAGGAUAUGACUUAUGUCUAAGAUUAGGUACACAAAACAAAACAAUCCCAUAAGUAAUUCUCAUAUUGUGAUAGAUUUUAUUGAAAUUUUUAUAAUGAAACGAGAUGUUGAAAUGCCUUUUGGUUGAAAACAAUGAUAUGCCGCAAGUCUGAUUGCAUCCACACGAUAAAGCAAGUGUCUUCCUCUUGGAGGACCAACUGAAAAAUGAAGUGCAUAGUGCAACGGAAAAUGUAAUGUUUUUUAUGUCUUGUAUGUAUAUUGUUGUUCUACACAUUCGAUGAAAAUGCGAAAUUUAAUAAAGUCAUCAUUUUUUAAUAAAAA